UUGAGUAGUACCAAAUCUUCUGAACUGUGUUUCUAAAAUCCUAGGUUUCAGUCCUGCUUUAGCACUGGUGGCUGGGUAAACUUUGACAGCUUUUAAUUUUAUGCACAGAAAAACUAUAUUGAUAUAAAUUACCUUCAGUUGCAAUUCUGGCUUUACACCAUUGAUUGCUUUUAUUGUAGGUACCUGCCAAGGAUGUUUUUUAAGCAUCCUUUUCUUUGUCUUUUUUUCCUGGAAAAAUCUUCAGAUGUUCCUUGAGAACUAGAAGUGUUUAUCACCAAUCAGCCAAGAUGAACAUGGUGAAGAGGAUCAUGGGGCGGCCGAGGCAGGAGGAGUGCAGCCCACAGGACAAUGCUCUGGGACUGAUGCACCUGAGGCGGCUCUUCACCGAGUUGUGCCAUCCUCCUCGACACAUGACUCAGAAGGAACAAGAAGAGAAGCUGUACAUGAUGCUGCCAGUAUUUAACAGGGUUUUUGGAAAUGCUCCGCCAAAUACAAUGACAGAAAAAUUUUCUGAUCUUCUACAAUUCACAACACAAGUUUCAAGACUAAUGGUGACAGAAAUUAGAAGGAGAGCAUCAAACAAAUCCACAGAGGCUGCAAGUCGGGCCAUAGUCCAGUUCCUGGAGAUUAAUCAGAGUGAAGAAGCCAGUAGAGGCUGGAUGCUUCUGACAACAAUUAAUUUGUUGGCGUCCUCUGGCCAGAAAACUGUGGACUGCAUGACGACGAUGUCAGUGCCUUCCACCCUGGUUAAGUGUCUGUAUUUGUUCUUUGACCUUCCCCAUGUGCCUGAGGCAGGUGGAGGUGCACAGAAUGAGCUGCCUCUAGCAGAGCGCAGAGGACUACUCCAGAAGGUUUUUGUACAGAUUUUAGUGAAGCUUUGCAGUUUUGUUUCUCCGGCAGAGGAGCUGGCUCAGAAAGAUGAUCUCCAGCUUUUAUUUAGUGCAAUAACCUCCUGGUGCCCUCCCUACAACCUUCCUUGGAGGAAGAGCGCAGGAGAAGUCCUGAUGACCAUAUCCCGGCAUGGGCUUAGUGUCAAUGUAGUGAAGUAUAUUCAUGAAAAAGAAUGUUUAUCUACAUGUGUUCAGAAUAUGCAGCAGUCAGAUGACCUGUCUCCCUUAGAAAUUGUUGAAAUGUUUGCUGGGCUUUCUUGUUUCCUCAAAGAUUCCAGUGAUGUUUCCCAAACUCUCUUAGAUGAUUUUCGGAUAUGGCAAGGAUAUAAUUUUCUUUGUGAUCUUUUGCUUAGAUUGGAACAAGCAAAAGAGGCAGAAUCCAAAGAUGCCUUGAAAGAUCUAGUUCAUCUGAUAACUUCCCUAACAACAUAUGGGGUCAGUGAACUCAAGCCAGCUGGUAUUACCACAGGGGCACCUUUUUUAUUGCCUGGAUUUGCAGUCCCUCAGCCCGCAGGCAAAGGUCACAGUGUGAGAAACAUCCAGGCCUUUGCAGUUCUUCAGAAUGCAUUUUUGAAAGCAAAAACCAACUUCCUUGCCCAGAUCAUUCUUGAUGCUAUCACAAAUAUUUACAUGGCAGACAAUGCUAAUUAUUUCAUCCUAGAAUCACAACACACAUUGUCACAGUUUGCAGAGAAGAUUUCUAAACUCCCCGAAGUACAAAACAAAUACUUUGAGAUGCUGGAGUUUGUUGUUUUUAGCUUAAAUUAUAUUCCGUGUAAAGAACUUAUUAGUGUUAGUAUCCUCUUAAAAUCUAGCUCUUCUUACCACUGUAGCAUUGUUGCAAUGAAGACACUUCUUAAGUUCACAAGACAUGACUAUGUAUUUAAGGAUGUAUUUAGGGAAGUGGGUCUUCUUGAGGUCAUGGUAACCCUUUUACAUAAAUAUGCUGCCCUGUUGAAGGACCCAGCUCAGGCACUGAAUGAACAAGGAGACUCAAGAAAUAACAGUUCAGUUGAAGACCAAAAGCAUCUGGCUCUUUUGGUCAUGGAGACCUUGACAGUGCUUCUCCAAGGAUCAAACACAAAUGCAGGCAUAUUCCGCGAGUUUGGAGGUGCACGGUGCGCGCACAACAUAGUGAAGUACCCUCAGUGCAGGCAGCACGCCCUGAUGACUAUCCAGCAGUUGGUGCUGUCUCCAAAUGGGGACGAUGACAUGGGCACACUACUGGGCUUAAUGCACUCAGCUCCACCCACAGAACUACAGUUGAAGACUGAUAUUUUAAGGGCCCUUUUGUCAGUACUUCGAGAAAGCCAUCGUUCCAGAACAGUUUUUAGGAAAGUUGGAGGAUUUGUGUACAUUACAUCCUUGCUCGUUGCUAUGGAAAGAUCCUUAAGCUCUCCACCGAAGAAUGGCUGGGAGAAAGUGAACCAAAAUCAAGUGUUUGAGCUUCUCCACACUGUGUUCUGCACAUUGACUGCAGCAAUGCGCUAUGAGCCAGCCAACUCUCAUUUCUUCAAAACAGAGAUUCAGUAUGAGAAAUUGGCAGAUGCCGUUCGAUUUCUUGGCUGCUUCUCAGACUUAAGAAAAAUAAGCGUCAUGAAUGUCUUCCCCUCAAACACACAGCCAUUUCAGAGACUACUUGAGGAAGACGUGACCUCAGUGGAUUCAGUGUCACCCACUUUGCGACACUGCAGUAAACUCUUUAUUUAUCUCUACAAGGUAGCAACAGAUUCUUUUGACAGUCGUGCAGAACAGAUCCCUCCUUGCCUGACAAGUGAGUCUUCUCUCCCCUCUCCUUGGGGGACACCAGCUUUGUCGAGGAAAAGGCAUGCAUAUCAUUCUGUCUCAACUCCCCCUGUUUACCCUGCGAAAAAUGUUGCUGACCUGAAACUCCAUGGGACAGCUUCACCUCUGCAGAAUUCUGAUGCCGUCAUCAUCCAUCCUGGUGCCAUGCUAGCCAUGCUGGACCUCUUGGCCUCUGUGGGGUCCGUGACACAGCCAGAACACGCUUUGGACCUUCAACUUGCUGUGGCAAAUAUCUUACAAUCCCUGGUGCAUACAGAGAGAAACCAACAAGUCAUGUGUGAAGCUGGUCUUCAUGCGAGACUAUUGCAGAGAUGCAGUGCGGCGCUGGCUGAUGAGGACCACUCUCUGCACCCUCCCCUCCAGCGGAUGUUUGAACGCUUAGCCUCUCAGGCACUGGAGCCCAUGGUGCUAAGGGAGUUUUUACGUUUGGCAAGUCCUUUAAAUUGUGGUGCCUGGGACAAAAAAUUGCUCAAACAAUACAGGGUCCACAAACCAAGCUCAUUGAGUUAUGAACCAGAGAUGAGAAGUAGCAUGAUCACUUCCCUGGAAGGUCUGGGUUCUGAUAAUGUUUUUAGCUUCCAUGAAGAUAACCAUUAUCGGAUAAGUAAAAGCCUGGUAAAAUCUGCAGAAGGAAGUACUGUACCCUUGACUAGGGUGAAGUGUUUGGUCUCCAUGACAACCCCACAUGACAUCAGACUUCAUGGGUCAUCAGUUACUCCAGCCUUUGUUGAAUUUGACACAUCUCUUGAAGGGUUUGGUUAUCUUUUACAUAAAUAUCCAGUGACAAUAGAUGUUGAGAUUGAUUUCAAUGACAUUAGAGACUAUAAUAGCAGAAUUGAUGAUUUUAGUGAAGAAUCUUCUUUUUAUGAGAUUCUCCCAUGCUGUGCUCGCUUUCGAUGUGGAGAGCUUAUAGUCGAGGGGCAGUGGCAUCAUCUGGUUCUGGUGAUGAGCAAAGGCAUGCUGAAAAACAGCACUGCAGCCCUCUACCUUGAUGGACAGCUGGUUAGCACAGUAAAGCUUCAUUAUGUUCAUAGUACUCCAGGGGGGUCAGGCUCUGUGAACCCCCCAGUGGUGAGCACAGUCUAUGCCUACAUUGGUACUCCACCUGCUCAACGCCAGAUUGCUUCAUUGGUUUGGCGACUGGGACCCACCCAUUUUCUAGAAGAAGUUUUACCUCCUUCAAGUGUUACUUCCAUUUAUGAACUUGGACCAAAUUAUGUUGGAAGCUUUCAGGCUGUAUGCAUGCCAUGUAAAGAUGCAAAAUCUGAAGGUAUUAUCCCAUCUCCUGUGUCAUUGGUUCCGGAGGAAAAGGUAUCAUUUGGCCUCUAUGCACUCUCUGUAUCCUCCCUAACAGUGGCGAGAAUCCGGAAAGUGUAUAACAAGUUGGAUAGCAAAGCCAUUGCCAAACAGUUAGGCAUUUCUUCCCACGAGAAUGCCACUCCUGUGAAGUUGAUCCACAAUGCAGCAGGCCAUCUUAAUGGACCUGCAAGGAGCAUUGGGGCUACACUGAUUGGAUACUUGGGAGUGAGAACAUUUGUCCCCAAGCCUGUUGCCACUACUUUGCAGUACAUUGGUGGAGCUGCGGCCAUCCUGGGCCUCGUAGCCAUGGCCUCUGAUGUGGAAGGGUUAUAUGCAGCAGUCAAGGCCCUGGUUUGUGUGGUCAAGAGUAACCCACUAGCCAGCAAAGAAAUGGAGAGAAUCAAGGGUUAUCAGUUGCUGGCAAUGCUGCUUAAGAAGAAACGUUCUCUUCUGAACAGCCACAUCCUCCAUCUAACUUUUUCCUUGGUGGGAACAGUCGAUAGUGGACACGAGACCUCCAUUAUACCAAACUCAACUGCUUUCCAAGACCUUCUUUGUGAUUUUGAAGUCUGGCUACAUGCACCCUAUGAGCUUCAUCUUUCCCUAUUUGAGCACUUCAUUGAACUGCUUACAGAGUCCAGUGAAGCUUCAAAGAAUGCCAAGUUAAUGAGAGAAUUCCAGUUGAUCCCAAAGUUGCUCCUGACUCUGCGAGACAUGUCCUUAUCCCAGCCCACCAUUGCUGCUAUUAGUAAUGUGCUGAGCUUCUUGUUACAAGGUUUCCCCAAUAGCAAUGAUCUACUCAGAUUUGGACAGUUUAUUUCUUCUACUUUGCCAACCUUUGCAGUUUGUGAGAAAUUUGUAGUUAUGGAAAUAAAUAAUGAAGAGAAACUUGACACUGGAACUGAAGAAGAAUUUGGAAGUCUUGUAUCUGCCAAUCUUAUACUUUUGAGAAACAGACUUUUGGAUAUAUUGCUAAAACUAGUUUAUACAUCUAAAGAAAAAACAAGCAUUAACUUGCAAGCUUGUGAAGAACUGGUCAAGACCCUGGGCUUUGACUGGAUCAUGAUGUUUAUGGAAGAACACUUGCAUCCCACCACAGUUACAGCAGCCAUGAGGAUUCUUGUCGUCCUGCUUAGUAAUCAGUCUAUUCUCAUCAAAUUUAAAGAAGGACUCAGUGGUGGAGGAUGGCUUGAACAGACGGAUUCUGUCUUAACUAAUAAGAUUGGAACUGUGUUAGGGUUCAAUGUGGGCAGAAGUGCCGGUGGGAGAUGGACGGUCAGGGAGAUUAACCGGGAUGCCUGUCAUUUUCCCGGUUUUCCAGUUCUCCAGUCAUUUCUUCCUAAACACACUAAUGUCCCUGCCCUUUAUUUCCUCCUCAUGGCAUUGUUUCUGCAGCAGCCAGUUAGUGAGCUGCCUGAGAACCUGCAGGUCAGUGUGCCUGUCAUCAGCAGCCGAUGUAAGCAGGGUUGCCAGUUUGACUUGGAUUCCAUAUGGACAUUUAUCUUUGGGGUUCCUGCCUCCAGUGGGACUGUUGUCUCCUCUAUCCACAAUGUGUGUACAGAGGCUGCUUUUCUUUUGUUGGGAAUGCUCCGCAGCAUGCUGAAUUCACCAUGGCAGUCAGAAGAAGAGGGGUCUUGGCUUCGAGAAUAUCCAGUAACCCUGAUGCAAUUCUUCAGAUACUUAUAUCACAAUGUCCCAGACCUUGCCUCCAUGUGGAUGAGCCCUGAUUUUUUAUGCGCCUUAGCAGCAACUGUCUUCCCCUUCAAUAUUCGACCUUACUCAGAGAUGGUUACUGAUCUUGAUGAUGAAGUUGGAUCUCCAGCCGAAGAGUUUAAGGCGUUUGCAGCAGACACAGGAAUGAACAGGAGCCAAUCAGAGUACUGUAAUGUGGGCACCAAGACGUAUCUGACCAAUCACCCAGCUAAAAAGUUUGUGUUUGACUUCAUGCGGGUCUUAAUAAUAGACAACCUGUGUCUUACCCCGGCCAGCAAGCAAACUCCACUGAUUGAUCUUUUGUUAGAGGCUUCCCCUGAAAGAUCUACAAGAACACAGCAAAAAGAAUUUCAGACUUACAUUUUGGAUAGUGUGAUGGAUCAUUUGCUUGCAGCUGAUGUGUUAUUGGGGGAAGAUGCAUCUCUGCCUAUUACAAGUGGAGGAAGCUACCAGGUAUUGGUGAACAAUGUGUUUUAUUUCACGCAACGUGUGGUGGACAAGCUUUGGCAAGGCAUGUUCAACAAAGAAUCUAAACUUCUUAUAGAUUUUAUAAUUCAACUAAUUGCACAGUCAAAGAGAAGGUCACAGGGAUUGUCGCUGGAUGCGGUUUAUCACUGCCUCAACAGGACCAUCUUGUAUCAGUUCUCACGGGCACACAAAACUGUUCCUCAGCAAGUAGCUCUCCUUGAUUCGCUCAGGGUCCUUACUGUAAAUAGGAACUUGAUCCUGGGACCUGGAAACCAUGACCAAGAAUUCAUUAGCUGUCUUGCUCACUGCUUGAUUAAUCUACAUGUUGGAAGCAACGUGGAUGGAUUUGGAUUGGAAGCAGAAGCCCGCAUGACCACAUGGCACAUUAUGAUCCCCUCUGACAUUGAACCAGAUGGUGGUUACAGCCAAGAUAUUAGUGAAGGGCGUCAGCUGCUCAUAAAGGCUGUCAAUAGAGUUUGGACUGAACUGAUUCAUAGUAAGAAACAAGUCCUGGAGGAGCUUUUCAAAGUGACUCUGCCUGUAAAUGACAGGGGCCAUGUGGACAUAGCCAUAGCCCGACCACUCAUUGAAGAAGCUGGUUUGAAAUGCUGGCAGAAUCACUUGGCCCACGAAAAGAAAUGCGUAAGUCGAGGAGAAGCCUUAGUGCCUACCACACAAUCCAAACUGUCCCGUGUCAGCAGUGGCUUUGGUCUUUCCAAGUUAACAGGAUCAAGAAGGAAUCGAAAGGAAAGUGGUCUUAAUAAACACAGUCUUUCCACCCAGGAGAUUUCUCAGUGGAUGUUUACACAUAUUGCUGUUGUUCGUGACCUAGUAGACACACAAUAUAAGGAGUAUCAAGAGCGUCAGCAGAAUGCCCUGAAGUACGUGACAGAGGAAUGGUGCCAAAUUGAGUGUGAGCUGCUGAGGGAACGAGGGCUAUGGGGCCCCCCCAUUGGUUCCCAUCUAGACAAGUGGAUGUUGGAGAUGACAGAAGGGCCCUGCAGAAUGAGGAAAAAAAUGGUGCGAAAUGACAUGUUUUAUAACCAUUAUCCUUACGUGCCAGAAACAGAGCAAGAGACAAACGUGGCGUCUGAGAUCCCAAGUAAACAGCCCGAGACUCCCGAUGAUACCAUUCCUCAAAAGAAACCUGCCAGGUACAGAAGAGCCAUAAGCUAUGACAGUAAAGAAUACUACAUGCGCCUGGCCUCUGGCAAUCCAGCUAUUGUCCAGGACACCAUUGUGGAGAGUUCAGAAGGUGAAGCUGCCCAGCAGGAGCCAGAGCAUGGAGAGGACACCAUUGCCAAGGUCAAAGGUUUAGUCAAGCCCCCUUUAAAACGUUCUCGAUCUGCGCCUGACGGAGGAGAUGAGGAGAACCAGGACCAGCUACAAGAUCAGAUUGCAGAGAGCAGCUCUAUAGAAGAGGAAGAGAAAACAGACAAUGCGACUUUGCUGCGCCUCUUAGAAGAAGGAGAAAAGAUCCAACACAUGUACCGUUGUGCUCGAGUCCAGGGCCUGGAUACCAGUGAGGGGCUACUUCUUUUUGGGAAAGAGCAUUUUUAUGUGAUUGAUGGGUUUACCAUGACAGCAACCAGAGAAAUAAGAGAUAUUGAAACUUUGCCUCCAAAUAUGCAUGAACCAAUUAUCCCCAGAGGAGCCAGGCAAGGCCCCAGUCAACUUAAGAGAACCUGCAGCAUUUUCGCAUAUGAAGAUAUCAAGGAAGUGCAUAAAAGAAGGUAUCUCUUACAGCCUAUUGCUGUUGAAGUUUUCUCUGGAGAUGGACGGAAUUACCUCCUUGCUUUUCAGAAAGGAAUUAGGAACAAAGUCUACCAAAGGUUUCUGGCAGUAGUGCCGUCUUUAACCGACAGUUCAGAAUCUGUGUCUGGACAAAGGCCCAACACCAGUGUGGAGCAGGGAUCUGGAUUGCUUAGCACUUUGGUUGGAGAGAAGUCUGUGACUCAGAGAUGGGAGAGAGGUGAAAUCAGCAACUUCCAGUAUUUGAUGCACUUGAACACUCUGGCUGGCCGAUCGUACAAUGAUCUCAUGCAGUACCCAGUUUUUCCCUGGAUCCUUGCAGAUUACGAUUCAGAGGAGGUAGAUCUUACCAAUCCCAAGACAUUUAGAAACCUGGCCAAACCAAUGGGAGCACAGACAGAUGAACGACUGGCUCAGUAUAAGAAGCGGUAUAAAGAUUGGGAGGACCCUAAUGGAGAAACUCCAGCCUACCACUACGGGACCCAUUAUUCAUCUGCAAUGAUUGUGGCCUCAUACCUUGUAAGGAUGGAGCCUUUUACCCAGAUAUUCUUAAGACUACAGGGUGGUCACUUUGACCUAGCUGACCGGAUGUUCCACAGUGUGCGGGAGGCCUGGUACUCAGCGUCAAAGCACAACAUGGCAGACGUGAAAGAACUUAUCCCAGAGUUCUUUUACUUACCCGAGUUCCUGUUCAACUCCAACAACUUUGAUCUAGGCUGUAAACAAAAUGGCACUAAGCUUGGAGAUGUUAUUCUUCCACCCUGGGCGAAAGGAGAUCCUCGAGAAUUCAUCAGAGUCCACCGUGAGGCUUUGGAAUGUGACUACGUGAGCGCCCAUCUGCAUGAGUGGAUUGACUUGAUCUUUGGCUAUAAGCAACAGGGCCCUGCUGCAGUAGAAGCCGUCAAUGUAUUCCAUCACCUUUUUUAUGAGGGUCAAGUGGAUAUCUACAACAUAAAUGAUCCGCUGAAAGAGACAGCCACCAUCGGGUUCAUUAAUAACUUUGGUCAGAUCCCAAAACAGUUAUUUAAAAAGCCUCACCCCCCAAAGCGAGUGAGGAGUCGACUCAAUGGAGACAAUGUGGGCAUGUCUGUCCCUCCAGGAUCCACAAGUGACAAGAUCUUUUUCCAUCACUUAGAUAACUUGAGGCCUUCUCUAACUCCUGUGAAAGAACUCAAGGAGCCUGUGGGACAAAUAGUAUGUACAGAUAAAGGCAUUCUUGCGGUAGAACAGAACAAGGUUCUUAUCCCACCAACAUGGAACAAAACUUUCGCUUGGGGCUAUGCAGAUCUCAGCUGCAGAUUGGGGAACUAUGAGUCAGACAAGGCAGUGACUGUUUAUGAAUGCUUGUCCGAAUGGGGCCAGAUUCUCUGUGCAAUCUGCCCCAACCCCAAGCUGGUCAUCACAGGUGGCACGAGCACCGUGGUCUGUGUGUGGGAGAUGGGCACCUCAAAAGAAAAGGCAAAGACCCUCACACUCAAGCAGGCCUUACUUGGCCACACUGAUACUGUCAACUGCGCCACAGCUUCACUUGCCUACCACAUCAUCGUCAGUGGGUCUCAAGACCGAACCUGCAUCAUCUGGGACUUGAACAAGCUGUCAUUUCUAACGCAGCUCCGAGGCCAUCGAGCUCCAGUUUCUGCUCUUUGUAUCAAUGAACUAACAGGGGACAUUGUGUCCUGCGCUGGCACAUAUAUCCAUGUUUGGAGCAUUAAUGGGAAUCCUAUUGUGAGUGUCAACACAUUCACAGGUGGGAGCCAGCAUAUUGUCUGCUGUUGUGUGUCAGAAAUGAAUGAAUGGGACACACAGAACGUCAUAGUGACAGGACACUCGGAUGGAGUGGUUCGGUUUUGGAGAAUGGAAUUUCUGCAAGUUCCUGAAACACCAGCUCCUGAGCCUGUUGAAGUUCUAGAAAUGCAGGAAAACUGUCCAGAAGCACAAAUAGGAUUUGGAGGUUACCUCUCUUCCUUAUGGGGAUCCCCAUUUGCUGCAGUCUCUGCUCCUGCUGCCAGAGUUACCAGUCUGUGUAGUCGAUUUCAGUCAGAAAUCAAACGCCUGAAGAUCUCAUCCCCAGUGCGUGUUUGUCAGAACUGUUACUACAACUUACAGCACGAGAGGAGUUCGGAAGAUGGUCCACGGAAUUGUUGAAGGCUGAACAAGCUGACCAGACACCAUGAUCUGUAGACCUUCUCCCAUUCCUGUCACAGCUCGGAAGGCAUUGAAGCAGUCUCCGUUUACAUCUCCUCAUACUGUGUGUGUGUGUGACAUGCGGAGUCCAAAGGGAUCAUUGCCUCCCAGGGGGUGGAGUGCAGCAGCCAACAGCUGAGAAGAGGCCACGCCCGUUUGCAGACCUUCAAUAUCCGAUUCUCCCUGGUAACAGUAGCUUCUCAGAGAAAGAAAUCCUCACUCCUUAACUGUCUUUUCCUGCAUCUCAUUUUUAUAGAGCUACUCAGCCUUAUUUGGGAAAACCAACAACAACAAAAAGGCUUUUAGAAAAUGGUUGUAUAUCCAACUUCUUUGCAAGUGACUGUAUAUUGUAAAUAGAUAUAAAGGCCUUUUUUUCUAAAUAAGGACCUGACUGCCUGUCACAUGAGACUUCAAACUAAACCACUAACUCAAUGAGCUACUUAUGGUUUGUCUAACAUCUCUCACUUACCAAUUAAUUAAUUAUAAAUAUGUUUUUUAAAUCCUCAGAGACAUUACCUGUGGUCUUCUUUUUCUUUUUUUCUUUUCAAAUCUUGCCUGUGUGCCUGAUACCAUUUCUUUCCAAGUUGCCCACAGCAUCUCCACUUAAACUAGGCUAGUAACCAAAAUAACGUGGACCUUCUUUAGGAACCAAUGUGGCAGAAAAAAAGGCCCAGCCAUAAGAUAGCCCAGAAAUUCUGGGAGUCUUGUGCCUGGCUGCAUGCCACGUCAGUGUUGUUCUGAACAUAACGGCCCCAUUUAAACUCAUCUGCAGACUGCUGUGGUCAGAAUGCCUUCUUAGCAUUGUGUAAGGGGGCCAGUGACCUAUGUAGUUCCGGGCACAGCCCUGCCUCAAAUAAUGGGAAUAUAUUUGCAUGUAACCCCAAAUUAGCUUCUCUUGCAUAGAAUAUAAUAAGUAUGUGUCUUUGGUGACACGAAAGUUCUACUAUAGCAUAUUUUCAAAAAAGGAUUAAAAAAAAAGUGUACAGAAGUCACAUUUAAACCUUGUUGUAAAACUGGAUCAUGUCAGAACUGCUUAAAAUUAACCUUUACCGUUUAAUGUCAUCUACCUGAAAACACUGAGAUUUAUACUGUAUUGAUGUCUAUUUUUUUGUUUUUGCUAUGAAUAUAAUUACAGUAUUUUAAUAUUUAGUUAUUUAAUUUGUUCUAGUUGGAUACAGACAUACAAAUCCAGUAGGGGGGGGUUAAAGCUGGUGGGGGCUAAGAGAGAAGUUUAGUUUAUAGUUUAAAAAAAAAAAAAGCUUUGGUGGUGGGAUUUUUUUAAAAAAUGUGUGUUAUGUACAUAAAUAUAAAUAUAUAUAUAUAUGAAAUCAAAACAAUUAAUCUAGAUUUUAACAUUUUCAGAUACUUGGUGAUAAUAGUAUGAACAAUUCUAAAAGCCCUGUGAUUUGAACAACAUAGGAUGAUUAAUGGCCCAGGAAAGGAAGGACAGGCCUUCACACCAUUGUGGAGAUAGAGGUAUCAUGCACAGGACAGUGGCUUUGGCUCUCCCAACUCUUCAUCUUUAGGCCCUGUGACAGGCACAGUAAUGCACUGAAAUGCGCAUACAUGCAGGCAUUUGGUAUAAUAGUGAUCUUAUACCUUCUGGGCUGAAAUCAGGGUAAGAACAGAAUGUUCUUCCUGAUAACUAGGUCUCCAAGAGAAAAUCUAAAGGCUGCUCUAGUGCCUUAUGCUUACUAAAUUUCAAUCUUUAUUUACCAAGGUUUGAGCCUACAGUCUGUUAUGAUUACAUAUCAAAAUUGAUUCCAACACUUCCAUUUCUAAAAGUUGAAAUAUACUUGUGAAUAAAAGGAUUCUUGGCAUUAAUACUUCCACUUGAAAAAGCAAAGUUGUGUUCUGUUUUCCUUUCUGUAUCUCGCUCCUUACCCUCUCCUCCUCACCGUCUUACUUCACUUCUAAAAACGAUGCUGACAUCCACCAGUUGUAGGACCCACGCGCUCACCUAGUAGGCGCUCGCCCCAUCUGCCCUUCAUAUGCUUGCAGCACUGUUAUUCUAACAUUUUUGAAAAGCAACAUCCUCUUUUUAUCCAGGAACCAUGUUUACCCCAUACCCAAUGGCAGAGGUAUUCUUUAAAGACUUGAAAAUAGGAGUGUGUGUGUGUGUGUGUGUGUGUGUGUGUGUGU